UGCGUGGCUCCCGGAGUGCACACUCGGUCAUGUGAUCAGCUGUGUCUGAUCACAGCUGAUCACAUGGGACAUGUACACAGAUCAUCAGAGCACUGAUGAUCAGUGUUCCCUGAUGAUCUGUGUAGCCCCAGCAGCGCCACCUGUCAGUGUCCAUCAGUGCUCAUCCAUGCCACCUUCCAGUGCCCAUCAGUGCCACAUUAAUGCCACAUGUCAGUGCCAAUCUGAGCUGCCUUUCAGUGUCACCCAUCAGUGCCAGUCAGUGCCACCUAUAAAUGCCAGUCAGUGCCACCUAUCAGUGCUACCAAUCAGUGCCACCUAUCAGUGCCAGUCAGUGCCUCCUAUAAGUGCCAGUCAGUGCCGCCUAUAAGUGUGCAUCAGUUUUGCCUAUCAGUGCCCGUCAGUGCUGCCUAUCAGUGCCACCUAACAGUGCCAGUCAGUGCCACCUAACAGUG